CUACAUCCGGUGGUUUUCGCCCCGCGCUGUUCCGCUGUGAAGAUGCCGAAGUUUUAUUGCGAUUACUGUGACACAUACCUGACACAUGAUUCGCCCUCGGUCAGAAAGACACACUGCAGUGGACGCAAACACAAAGAAAAUGUGAAGGAUUAUUAUCAGAAGUGGAUGGAGGAGCAAGCUCAGUCUCUCAUUGACAAAACGACGGCUGCAUUCCAGCAGGGUAAAAUUCCGCCCACCCCGUUCCCUGGAGCCCCUCCACCUGGCGGAUCCCUGCUACCUCAUCCAAGCAUUGGCGGACCUCCGAGACCGGGCAUGUUACCAGCUCCACCGAUGGGUGGUCCACCUAUGAUGCCCAUGAUGGGCCCCCCUCCUCAUGCCAUGAUGCCUGGAGGACCAGGUCCAGGUAUGCGGCCACCAAUGGGUGGGCCUAUGCAAAUGAUGCCUGGGCCACACAUGAUGCGACCUCCUGCUCGGCCAAUGAUGCCAGCCGUUAGACCUGGUAUGGUGCGUCCUGAUCGAUAAAACUACAGUGCCAUGACUUCCAACCCGAUACCCACGGAAGCCAAAUGUCUAAACUGGUUUUACAGUCGAUUUGAAGAGUUUUAUUGCCCAUUUGCGUUUUAUGAUGACUGAUGUCUGCGGUUCAGGAAACCUCGUUCCGCUUGAGUGACCGGGAUUAUCACAAAUUCUUGUAAAAUUUAAUGAACCUUCCAUUGGCUUUCAUUUCAUAUUUAUGACAGACCAGAGGGUGUUGCGUAAUGGGUUUGUGUAUGAUGUGCGUUUAUUACGUCGAUGCUUAUGUUUUUAUUUACUGUUGGGACUAUUUUCACCAUUUAGUUUUUCAUGUAUUUUGUGAAAAUAAAAUGGAAAGCUUUUUUUCCUUUUUUUGA